GACUCUUAAAUUGCCGACCAGUCGGUGCGCCUCGCGACUGCUAACGUAACGUGCGUUGUCGUCUCGUUCGCCGUAGUCGAUACAGCAGUACAAAACGAUCCGAAUAAUACGAAAUCAUUGUUAAUAUUAUUAAGAACAAUUUUUUCGCGCGCUUAAAAUACCUAAUCUAUUGCCUAGUCGUGUGAUAAUAAAAAACUGUAGUUUUCGGCCGUAUCCGAAAAGUCUACGUGUUCGCGCAUUAGGGACGUCAGACUUGCAAAGAUCUCGAGGAUCCGAGUGCGCGGGGUGUCUAAUAUAAUAUUGUCGGACGUCUUCGCUCUUCGUCCGGAUUAAAUCCGUCAGCACUACUGGCAGAGAACAAGGGCAAAGAGAAUGAAAAUGAGAUGAGUGUAGACGAGCAUGGCGGGUGUUGGGACAGUUGCGUGCGGCUUAUGUGCCACAAUCACUCGUCGUCGCAGCCGUCGAACCACCGACAUCCCUACUCUACCCGCCACCUCUACGCCAACGGCAACAAAAACGGCUUGAAUGGACACGUCAAAGAUGGAAUCGCCAGGAACGCGGCGAAGACCAACGGGGUCAGGCCAGAGGAGAAGAUCUCCACAGUGUCCAGGGGUUAUUGGACUGUGGAGAGACCAAGACAGCAGCCCAACUAUCACGCGGUGCGCCGCUCGUGCCGUGAACGAGGCGCCUUGUUCGAAGAUCCCGACUUUCCGGCCGGUCCCAAGUGCCUGUAUAAGAACAAGAGACCGGCAGUUCAACCCAUCGUAUGGAUGCGACCGCACGAAAUGUGUCAGAGACCCAAGUUUAUGGUGGACUCAACGCGGUUGGUGUCUCAAGGAAACGGAGUUGUGUCGACUGGUGCUGGCGGCGGCAGUGGAGGAAGUGCUGGCGGUGAACCGAUUCGCAACGGCACUAUCGGCGGGGGCGGUGGACGAUGCGGCGUUGAGCCAGGUGAACUCGGCGAUCACAGCUUUUUAGCUGCAGUAUCAUCCCUGACUCUCACGCCAAAGUUCCUUGACAGGGUCGUACCCCUUGAUCAAUCGUUCGACCCCACUACGUCCUAUUGUGGACUGUUCAGGUUUCGAUUUUGGUAUUUCGGCGAGUGGAAAGAAGUAUUGGUUGAUGACAAACUGCCCACAUAUAGAGGACGAUUGGUUUACAUGCGUUCCGCUAAUCCUACCGAAUUUUGGGCCGCAUUAUUGGAAAAAGCAUACGCAAAAUUGUACGGUUGCUAUGAAAACAUCAGUGGACCUGGGUGUUCAACUACUAGAGCACUACAGGAUCUGACCGGCGGCAUAGUCCAGAGUUUCGGCCUUUCUAACCAAGAUCGAUUCCUAACGUAUCAAGUGCUUAACAGCGCCGUACCAAGGUCGUCGUUGCUCAUAUCCACCAUAACUUUGAAAGAGAACAAGAGACAACUUAGGCUACGGAACGGUCUAAUGACUCAGCACGCAUACAGCGUCACAGGUCUGGCACGAGUCCGAGGUCCGUUGGGCGAUACCCCGCUAGUAAGGCUGAGAAAUCCUUGGGGCGAAGGUGAGUGGACCGGACCUUGGAGCGAAAGGAGUUGGGAAUGGGACGGGUUGUCUGGCAGAGACAAGGAGCUUCUCAGCGUCCGGGUGCGAAACGAUGGUGAAUUUUGGAUGUCUUUCGAGGAUUUCGCCAGACAUUUCACACAGCUGGACAUCGUGCACGUCAGCCCGGACGACUGGAUGACCGAACCGGCUUUGCAUUCGAAGCAACCGUGGCGGGCCGUGCUGGCCAGGAGAAGGUGGAGGAGCGGAUAUAACGCGGGCGGUGGUCCCGGACACCCGGAAACGACGGCCAUGAAUCCACAGUUCCACAUCGGCAUACCCAGGACUUCGGGCAACAAGUGUCACGUGGUCGUGUCCGUCGUGCAGCAAUACGAAACCGAUCCGGAAGCCAAAGGGGCACGGCCCCUGUUCGCCAUUGGUUUUGCGGUCUACGAAGUGCCUCAUUCUACGUCCAGACUGACGCCACAGUUCGUGGCACAACAGCAACCGCUGGAUGUGACCAACCAUUCCGUGGCGAGAGAAGUAGUGACGUUCUUCACUUUACCUCCUGGCGAUUACAUUGUUGUCCCGCAAACGAACGUGCCCAACUGCGACGCCAAAUUUUUACUUCGUAUACUGACAGACGAACAGAGCAACAUAUGGGAAGUGAAUGACGACAACAUGGUGUUCAAAAAUAUCUCAGCUGAAUUUCUAGAAGACACUGUGAUAUUGCCCGACGGAAAACCACUCUUGACUAAGCUUAUGGUCAAAUAUCCACCGGAACUAGACGUAAUCCAAUUGCAAAAAAUAUUGCGGGCACACUGGAAAGCAUACUUGGCGGAGAAACCAAGCCUGGAGCUCUGCAAAAGUCUGAUAAUGUUGAGAGACGUCAAUAUUAGUGGUCGUAUCAACGUGAUGGACAUACCUGUGCUAAUGCACAUGUUGCAGUUCUGGAAGAUAGCGUUCCAAAAAUUCGAAAAGGGCGUGAAUCCUACAAAGACAUCUAGCUACAACCUAAGGCCUCUGCUGUGGGAAGCCGGCAGUACUGUUAGUAAUAAAGUGCUCGAAUGCCUAGUACUGAGAUUUGCAAAGAGCCGGAUUCUGACUUCCGAAUGUUUCAUUAUGGCCAUGGUCAGGCUGCACUUGGCUCACGAAAGGUAUCACAGUCUGGACACGAAAAUGAGCAAAGGAAACCCAUUGUCGUUAGAAGAGUUGAUCUUGAUGACUAUCUACUCGUGAUUUUGGGCCCGUCGACAUGUACCAAAGAUGAAAGAUAAGUGCCAGUCAUUAAGUGAUAUACUACAUUAAAGCCACAUAAUACGUCUAAUCCGUACGGUUCUAAUAUUAUUAUAUUAUUAUUAUUAUUAUUUAUAUUAUUAAUUUUUUUUUUUUGAUUUCUAGUUUUUAUAUAAUCAUAAUCAAAUCAGGCAUUAUAACAAUUAGUAUUUUUAAUAUGGGUAUUCCGCCUGUUU